AUGAUAGUGGGUACAUUCAACAUAGGGGGAGGCGGUAGUAAGAUCAAGAGGAAGAGGAUUAGUAGUAUAAUUCAAGGUGGGAAGGCAGACUUAUUCCUUAUUCAGGAAACCAAAUUGAAGGAGGUUACUGGAGCAAUGGCUAAUAGUUUUUGGGAGAAGGAGGAUAUAGGUUAUUCUUUUUCAGCGGCGAACGGUUUAUCGGGAGGCCUUCUGACCCUUUGGAAGAACAAAUCGGUGACAGCUGUUUCGAGCUUUUCUAGAGAGGGCUACCUCGGUAAUAAAGUUAUGUGGGAGGGAGGUAUUUACUACAUUGUUAACAUCUACUCUGCAUGUACAUUAUGUUAUAACCGUACUUUAUGGGCUAGAUUAUUGGAAUUGAAACAAAGUCACAAAGAUGGGGAGUGGAUCUUUGGGGGAGAUUUUAAUGCGGUUAAGAAAAGGAGUGAGAGAGUUGGUGUUUUUUCAGGAGGAAACAAUGUGGAAUGGAGGGAAUUUUUGGAAUUUAUAGAAGAAAGUGGUUUGUUGGAUGUCCCUUGCAAAGGGAAGAAGUAUAGUUGGUUUUGUGGUAAUGGUAAAUCAAAUAGUAGAAUAGAUAGGUUCCUUAUAUCCAACAUCAUUGCUUCAUCUUGGGGAGUCGUUGGUCAAAUGAUUGGUUCGAGGGAUAUUUCGGACCAUUGCCCGGUUUGGUUGAUCAUUAAUAAAGAGGAUUGGGGACCUAAACCGUUUUUGUUCAACAAUGAGUGGUUCUCCGAUAAAGAUUUUAUUCCUUUUGUGAAGAAAGAAUGGUUGGCUUUGAAGUUAAAUGGGAGAGGGGACUUUGUUUUGAAGGAGAAACUUCGUCUUAUUAAGGAUAGGUUGAGAUGGUGGAAUAAAAACAUCUUUGGUAAGUAUGAUUUGGAAGUAGAGGAAGGUGUGAGGGUCUUGAACGCUUCGGAUGAUAAUGAGGGAUGGGAUGAAGAGGAGCAAGCUAGAAAAUCAAUGGCUAGCAAGAAGAUAUGGUUGAACCUUAAGAUUAAGGAGAAUAUGCUUAUUCAAAAGGCUAAAAUAAAGUGGUUAAAUGAUGGUUAA